GGUCUGCAUCUGCAGAACGAAACAUUGUAGGAAAGCUACAGCCGAGUUCUGCCUAUGUCCUUGCGAAUUAGAUGCAGUCAGCAGCAGCGACCUUUGACGGUCUAGUGGUGGAGUUGACGAAAUGUGCUCCUCCAAUCGCCGGUCAAGCUAACCAAGAAUCAAAGAGAAUUUCGAUAUUGGGGGAUCUAGUUGCGCUAUCAUAUCCAGUGAAGGCCUGUUCAGCGGAGAAUGUCCGAAAAUUGGUAGUUUACGGUCGCAAGUACUGGAAUCAUCCACCGGCCAAUGGCCUCUUCACUGAUCUGCUAUUCCAGCUAUUUAGUAAACAAAAGAUCAGCCUACCUACCCUUGACAUACAGCAAGAAGUGAUAGGGCAGUGUGUAGAUUUCCUACUGUCUGCCUUGAAAAGCACAGGAAUCCCAGGAACCUCACGGAUUGAUGGGGAUUUACGAUUGAACGUGCUGAGGACACUGGGAACUGUAUUGUUUGAAAAUGGAGCGGCAUGCUUUAAGUCUCAUUCUGCACUCCUGAAUGCCCUUACUCCACUGGCUUCAGAAGGCAGCACUGAUGAUGAUCCUGAAGUACGCCGAAUGGCACUGACGUGCCUUGGAAACCUUUGUGUCAAAACCGGCACGAAAGGUGCUAAUUUACAAAAGGAAGUAUACAAUAUUCUGAUGCGAAAUUUAGUCGGCGAUGUUAGUGAAGAGAACACGUCCAAAGUGGUUAGCAGCGCUCUCCGAGGUCUACAGCUACUCAUUAACGAGAACAAAACACUUGUCCAAGAUUCCGCGCCCACUCUGCUCUCAUUUCUGCAGCAGUACGGCUUAGCUCUGCCAACGAAUUCGCACUCCUUCACAACUACAGCCUCUGCCAAAUUGAUCAAGAAGCCGCCACGGAGCUUAAUGACCAUCCCAUCAGACUCUGAGUUUUCCGAUGGAGAGAUCGGCCUGCCACGAAAUCGGCUCCGGGACAGUCGCCUCCAAUUAAACGCCAUACUAUGUUUGCAGGCCCUUGCCAAGGCACAAGCAAAGCUUGUAUACCCGUAUUGGUUCAGAUUCUUACCAGAUCCGGUGGAAGGGCCUUCAGCACCGUCCCUCAUAUCAGUUAUGCGGGACAGUGAAUCACCAAAAGUGCGUCAUGCUGCUUGCGCAGCAUUGAUGGCGUUUCUAGAGGGCUCAAAACAGUAUCUGUCUGUCGCAGAGGAUAGCACGAUCAAGACAGCGUUUACAUCCCUUUCCCAGAAGCUGGCUGAGCAGCUACGGGAAAUUCACCAGGGCUUGCUGAAGGCCGUGAAGGAAGAAACACAGCCUCUGCUCCUGACACAAGAGUUGAAAUGUUUAGGAGUGCUAAUCAAGAACUGCACAUAUGAUCGUCUCCGUCACAACUAUAGACAGGAUGCGUAUGAUGCCGUUACGAGUCGCAUAACGCCAGAGGAUUUUGGCAUCACAUCAUCUGUAUUGGAAUGCAUUGCUGCGUUGUUGGACGCCGGGACGCCAUUAUUCUCGACUCCUCAGGCGGACGGUUUGUACGCAUUGUUGGAUAUGGUAAUGGCACUCGCCAAGAAGCCCGAACACAUUUCAGUACGUGUUGCAGCCCUGGAUGUGCUGUGUUCUGUAGCCAGAAAUGCUCCGGAUGUCAUUGGAGCCAACUGGUCGAAAUUGGUAGAUAUACUCGUGGAUGCGGAAACCGAUGCCAAGGAUGCCGUCAGGGCGGCUGCUCUAAAGCUCCUAGAGCAAUAUACCCAUUCUUGCGGUGCGAAAGAGGGUGUGCAGGUACCACCAUUAAAUUGGUGGACUGAUCUAGUAGACCAUCAUGUGCAGACCGCGAUUCAGGAUACGUUCUACGCUGUACGGUCCCUUGGUUGCGAUUGUUUGUCGCAUUUCCCGUCAAUUAUAUUCGAGAACUUGCCACCCAAGAGACAGUAUGCUUGUCUGGCUCUUGCAUUAGGAAUGGUGCAGGAUGAGGAUCACACUGUACGGGCAGCAGCGUGUCGCACAUUGGGAGUCUACGUUAGUCAUCCCGCCGUGAUGGAGGAUGUGCUUUUUUUGAAUGACGUGGCUACGACAAUACCUCAACUGGCUACCGAUAAGAACAUUAACGUUCGAAUCCGAACCAGUUGGGCGCUGGCGAAUUUGUGUGAUGCCUUGGCAUCGGUUGGAGAGAGUGCGCAAAAACAAGGUGUGGACCUUGCAGAAGUAGGAAUUACACAUGAGACUGUUGUAGAGAUUAUUCGGGCAGGUCUAGCUGCUGCAAAGGACAAUGACAAGUGUCGAUCGAAUGGCGUAAGAGCACUGGGGAACAUUGUGCGAGUGUGUCCUCCCAUGUUAUUGGUGCGGGAAGCCGAAAGAUUAAUCAAGGAAAUUGUUUUGGUUGUCCUGAAAAAUGUAGAUUCUGGGUCGGUCAAGGCACGAUGGAAUGCUUGUCACGCUCUUGGGAAUAUGCUAAGAACAGAUGCGUUUCCUAUUGGCCGAGCCAGUUGGACAGAUGCCGUAUACGAGUCUCUCAUCGGAGCAGUUGUUACUUGCAAAAACUUCAAGGUCCGGAUCAGUGCUGCUGCUGCGAUUGCCGGACCCACGACUCGCGAUCGGUAUGGUACCACUGAGCUCGGCGCAUCUAGAAAUAUUACAAAGUCCAUGCAGGCCAUGGUAACAGGAUUGGAGAAUGCUAGUAAUCUUGAUGAUGCCGCUUUUGGAGAAUUCAAGUACGGAGAGCAACUGUCGGAUCAGCUGCAAAGUACGUUGACACACUUGCGAAAUGUGUUGGGCGCAAAUGAUUUGGAGAUAAGAGGAAAUGAAGGUAGAAUAGAAGCAUAAAUUUUGUACAAAAGCAACAAAAGAAUGAUGGCUGGCCAAGCGCUUUGGUCAUGCGAUGCGCAGA